CCUUCGGCACCACAGAAGAACAGGCUGCGUGUCUUUAGUCACACCGCGCAUCUCUUCUCGUGGCACUGCUGGCUCAGUCACUCGCCGCACCUAUCCCACAGAGGCACUCCCCUCGCUUGACCUGUUCGCUUGACAUCCAUCGCUUGGCACUCCUGACGAUGGCACUGAGGAGUCUUCUGUCGGCCCUCGUCCUGCUGGUGGUCGCGAGCAGCGGCGUUCGAGCUCAGUUCCGUGAUGUUGAGAAUGAUGAAGCCGGCGUUGAGGAAAGCUUCCCUGACGGCAGACAGAUCGACCCAACUCAUGAAUGCCUCAACACUCCGAAUAAAUGCGCAAAUGCAGAUCUAUCAGGUGGCUAUUGCCUUAAUCUUGCCCUUGAAUCGCAAUGCCUUGGAAAAAUGGAUUCCAGUUUAUGCAACAACAAAAACUGUGGAUGCUGCGUAAGGCACGUUUGCGAAAAUACACCGAAUAAAUGCAAAAAUGCAGGGGACGCAGGUGGCGUGUGCCUCAAUCUUGACCUUGAGUCGCAGUGCGAAGGGACUAUGGACGCAACUUUAUGCAACAAUCAAAACUGUGGAUGUUGCGUAAAGCAUCAUUGCAGCAAUACACCAGAUAUAUGUUCAAACAAAGGAGGAACUUGUAUAAACAAGAUGGACACCUGUGAAGGGACUACUGAUGAUAGCCUCUGUUUCAACACACACUGCACUUGUUGUAUCAUUGAUCAGACAACUACAGCGGCUCCAACAACUACUACGGCACCUCCAACAACAACCACAGCACCUCCAACAACAACCACAGCAACUCCAACAACAACCACAGCACCUCCAACAACAACCACAGCAUCUCCAACAACAACAACAACUGCUUAAUUAAGACAUGUCCCAUGAUCCCUACGGCUAUCCAUGAUGUACUUUUCGGUUUGACUAUAAUAAGUAUUCUGAGUUGUAUUGUAUAUCCUGCACUAGAUGAAAAUGUCCUCUAAAUACGUUUCAUUCUGCAUUGCAAACUAAUAAAAGUGACUGCAUACAAAA